AUGCAGCUUCUCUCUCUUUUUGGCCCUUUGGCUCUUAUGGCUGCGGUAGUUUCCGCGGCCGAUCGAGGCAGCUAUACCAGUCCUGGAAUAGGGGCUCGUAAGAAGGCGAUCUUGGAUGCUGGUGGUAACACUCGCGAUAUGGCUAUUGCUAUGCUGGAGACUAACACCAUGACCACGGACUACACUUAUGGUGAUGGAAAGUCAGGCGAUAGCACGAAUUUCGGCGUGUUUAAACAAAACUGGUACAUGCUGAGAAAUUCUGCAUCUGAAUUCCUAGGUCAGACUGUAGCGCAGGUCUCUAAUGGUGCUAUUCUGAAUUCGGACCUGAAAAAGGACAUUCAAGCUCGCCACGACGGCGAGAACCACUUCGGAUAUGAAACUUGGUUCAGUGGUCACCGCAAUGGAGAAUCGGGUGUGAAUAACCCGGGCACAGCUGAUAUCCAAACGUACAUCAAUGGCGUGUCAUGGAUUCAACAGCAGAUCGAGAGUGACGACAAGUACCAGAGCGACGACACUCGCUUCUGGGUUGAUGUCGUGCCUAUCUAA